AUGAAAAAGGAAGAACUUAAGAAAAACACUAGAAUCCUUAAAGGCAAAGAAACUAGCAGAGAGUGCCUACUAGAAAUCACCAAUUCUUCAAUAGAUCACCGACAACCUUUAAAGAAACGUUCAAAAAGCUUUAAAUGUCCCAAUUAUUUUCAAAUGAUCCCCAAUGACCUAAUGAUUUGUAUUUUUGGCUUUUUUUCAGCAAGUGAACUUAUAACAGAAAUUCAGCUGGUUUGCAAAGAUUGAGAGAGAGAGAUUUUAAAUUAGACUACGGGCUUUAUUUCAGGCCAUUGCUCCAGAUAAAUUUUCCUUACAAAAACUGUAAAAAUUCAAAGUAAAAUCUUCAUAAAAUAUACUAAAUUUUUUUGAUUCUUUUUUGAUGACGUCAUCAUCUGACGGGGGGACCCUUGUUUCCCUUGAAUUCAGGCCUUAUCGGUCACAGAUUCCACUUCAGGGGGACAAAAUCAGCCUGAAGUUGAUCGUCUGGUCCUCCUUCAUGCCCAUGCUCCGCUUGAAGCCUCCUAGCAUCCUUUCUUCCAUGAGUCAUCCCAAAUUUUUUAGCUUUUCUUCUAAGGGUUCAGGAAAAAGACCAAUUACAGCUGGUAAAACAUACCCCCGGAUCUCCUGCGAGCUGCGGACCCUCGGACCCUAUGCCAAUGGCACUAGGUGAGGGUUGGCUAUUUGGCCAUUUCUUGCCAAAUAAAAAGUAUGCAAAGAUUGAAGAUACUUAGCAAAUUCCCCUAUACUCUGAAAAGAAUUAAGCUCAGCCAACGUAGAAUUGAAAUGGCUCGUAAGGUGUGUUGAAUGCCUAGCUGAAAGAAGAUCUAAAGGAAGAAUCUACAAAGGCUACUUAAGAAGCACAGAAGCACCUGUGAUUCUAAGAAAAGUAAACCUCGACGUUACAAAUGCCGGCUUUGAUGAUGGCGUUCCUACUUCUUUAUUAAGAGAAAUAGGCUAUUUAUCAGAAUUCUCUCAUCCUGGCAUCGUAAAAAUUCUUGGUUCCGAAGUGAUCAAAAAAACGGUUUACACUUGUACAGAACAGUGCACCUACAAUUUAAAAGAGUUCAUAAAAUUCUAUGAAACAGGAAAUUGCAGAAAUAUUCCUUUGCCAAUGAUAAAAUCUUUAUCCAAACAAAUGUUUGAAGCUUUAGCAUACAUUCAUGAUAAAGGGGUUAUACAUAGGAAUUUAAAGCCAGAUAAUAUAUUGAUAACUGAUUCAGGGCAGCUGAAAAUCACUGAUUUCACACUGUCAAGAUUAGCAUCAAUUCCACAUUAUAUGUACACACCUGAAGAUCCUAAAGAAAGGAACCGCUCUGGUAGGGAAAUUAGGAGGUUAUGAUAUAGAGCUCCUGAAUUACUAUUAAGAUCUGAUAUUUAUGGAUUUGAGAUCGAUGUAUGAAGUGUAGGUUGUUUAAUUGCUGAAUUAAUUACAAAGAUGCCACUAUUUAAUGGUGAAAGCGAAAUUGAGCAGCUUUUUAAGAUUUUCAAAGUGGCUGGAGUCAACGAAGAUGAGGUUUCAACUCAGGCAAAAUCUUUCCCAAAGUGGGAAAAAAUUAAUUUUUCUGAUGUUCUUGCUGAGCCAAACUCAGAAGAAUUUAAAAGGAUAAUUUCUGCUUUGAUACCAGCGCGUGAGCAAAUAUUUACAGUUCUAAGGCAAAUAGGUGCUAUUAUUGGAGCAUCUGGAUUAGAUUUGCUGCAAAAAUGCUUAGACCCAAACCCAAAAACAAGAAUUACAGCUUCUCAAGCCCUUUGCCACCCAUUUUUUGACAUAGAAAUGAGCUCCCCUUCAGACUCUCUACAAAGUUAUAUUUCUCACCUUCUCUCUUUAGAGUCCCAAAUUUCCCCAAGCCCAAAAUAUUUGAUCAUGCAAAAAGAUAUAAAUGCGGCAAUGAGAAGCAUUUUAGUUGACUGAUUAAUAGAUGUUGCAGUCCAUUUUGAAGUAAAUGAUGAAACCUUGCAUUUAGCUGUUAAUUAUAUUGAUAGGGUUUUAAGUGUUGCUAAAGUAGAAAGAUCAAAUUUACAGUUAGUUGGAGUCGCUUGUAUGAAAAUCGCUGAUGUUUUUCAUGAGAGAUCUAAAGAAUACUAUAGACAGGAAAAUUCAAUAGAGUAUGCCUAUAUUACUGCUGAUGAGUUUACAGCUGCUCAGGUAGUGGAGAUGGAAAAAGAAAUAUUAAAAAGGAUAAAAUUUAGAGUUUUGGCUCCUACGACACUAUUUUUUAUUAAAGCUUAUCAAGCUGAGCUGAACUUGGAUCUAAGCACUUAUAAAAUUGCUUUAUUCCUUUCUGAUCUUAUGCUGCUUUCAUAUGAAAGUCUUAAAUAUAAGUACUCUUUGCUAGCCGCAGGAAUUAUUUAUAUAAGUUGCGCAUUUACACAAGGAUUUCCAGCACCUCAAAAUGCUGAUUUUUUUACGAAUUUUCCAAGUUCAGACUUUAGCUCAGUCAUUGAGUUUAUUAAAAGUUUUUGGCUUGAUGCAAAAACAAAUCCCCAAAUUUCAAGAUUUGAAGCAAUAAAUCAUAAGCAUCAGGACAUUAAUCCUCGACAGCUUUGGCCACCGUCUACGCAUUAUCAAAAUCGUUAUUUUUAA